UGAUAGCCAUGCAUCAAACCCUUGUUAAUAAUUUGUUACUUUUCAGCCCGGACAUUUGCAAGUGUUUUAUCUUUAAGGGGAGCGGUGGACGAUGAACUUCAGACCUUGACCUUCUCUCCCCAUGUGUUUUAUCAGCUGGAUGAUUUGUUUUUUAUUUUGUGAUUUUGUUUUCACAACGUUACAACAGAUGAUAAACUAUAACAGACGUUAUACUGUAAACCUCGCUUACACCUUUAUCACGGUUUGAUAGGACUGAUAUUGUGCGCAUCACUGAUUGUGUAACUGAUGAGAGAGAUAAGCAUAGUUUUGUCAAAUCAGCUCUGGGGUUCCUGAAACCCCAAUGCUCGAUACCACUGCCACCUCAGAGAGGACGAGCAGAAGCAUGCACGUGUUUCAGCGGAAUGUGUGCUCUUCAUCAACGCAGGCUUUCUACAGACUCCUCGGGACACAUGACGUCCUCUCCUCUCAGCUCUCCCACAUCCCACCGUGGGAUGCACCCAUCACUGCUGAGCCCGACUUCUUUAGGCCCCUCAGGGUCUCUGCACUCCCCCAUCAGCACUCUAAGCUCACCCAUGAACGGCCUGGGCUCUCCCUUCUCUGUCAUCAGCUCACCCAUGGGACCACAUUCCAUGGCAUCACCCGGGAUGGGCUACGGCCCUAGUAUCAGUCCGCAGCUGAACUCGCCCAUGAACUCUGUCAGCAGCUCAGAAGAUAUCAAGCCGCCCCUGGGCAUCAACGGUGUGAUGAAGGUGCCAUCGCAGCCCUUGGGCACCCCCCUCUCCUUCACCAAACACAUCUGUGCCAUCUGUGGCGACCGCUCCUCAGGUAAACACUACGGUGUUUACAGCUGCGAGGGGUGCAAGGGAUUCUUCAAGAGGACUGUGCGCAAGGACCUGACUUACACUUGUCGAGACAGCAAGGACUGUAUUAUCGACAAACGCCAGCGCAACCGCUGCCAGUACUGCCGCUAUCAGAAGUGUUUGGCCAUGGGAAUGAAAAGAGAAGUGUUGUUACAUACAGCCGUCCAGGAGGAGCGCCAGCGAGCAAGGGACCGCAACGAGAACGAGGUGGAGUCGACCAGCAGCGUGAACGAAGACAUGCCUGUGGAGAAGAUCUUGGAAGCGGAGCUCGCUGUGGAGCCCAAGACGGAGACUUACAUUGAAACUAAUGUACCAAUGCCCUCGAAUUCACCCAAUGAUCCAGUCACAAACAUCUGUCAGGCCGCAGACAAGCAGCUUUUCACUCUAGUGGAAUGGGCCAAGAGGAUCCCGCAUUUUUCAGAGCUCCCGCUGGACGACCAGGUCAUUCUUCUACGAGCAGGAUGGAAUGAGCUCCUCAUUGCGUCAUUUUCACACCGUUCGAUAUCAGUGAAAGAUGGGAUACUUUUGGCCACAGGAUUGCAUGUGCACCGCAACAGUGCCCACAGCGCCGGAGUAGGAGCCAUAUUUGACAGGGUGCUGACGGAAUUGGUGUCAAAGAUGAGAGACAUGCAGAUGGAUAAAACAGAGCUAGGGUGCCUUCGCGCCAUCGUCCUCUUCAACCCAGACUCCAAAGGCCUGUCAAACCCAGGUGAAGUGGAAGCGCUGAGAGAGAAGGUCUAUGCCUCUCUGGAAGCCUACUGCAAACAGAAGUACCCUGAACAACCUGGAAGGUUUGCUAAGCUGUUGCUGCGGCUCCCUGCCCUUCGUUCUAUUGGACUGAAAUGUUUGGAGCAUCUGUUCUUCUUCAAGCUCAUAGGAGACACGCCCAUCGAUACCUUCCUCAUGGAGAUGCUAGAGGCGCCCCACCAAAUGACAUAAUGACAUAACGCCCUCCUGUCGCUAGGAGGACACAAGGGUCUGCCAUCCCAAAGGCCCUUUAGAAACUGAACACGUGACACCAUUUGCCAGAGCAAAGGAACUUUCAGAACUGCCGCUCAACUCAGCAUUUCCAAUACACCGUCAUGGCGUCCAUGGGGCUGUUUUAUACUUUGUAUAAAGAUAUAAAUAUAUAUAUAUAUAUAUAUAUAUAUAUAACACAUAAGAAAAAAGAUGAUAAUGGACUUCAAGCCCGCAGACAACAGUGGACAGGGGUGUAUAAAACUAUUUUUCAGCUGGUGCAUAUG